AGUUUGUGGCCGUUAUUAAAUAGAAGACGCAGCCUAACCCCAGCCGCCAAAAUCCUUUCCUGUGGCUGCUUUUGAAUUGAGGCCUCAGACAACCUCUCAAUCUUCCUCUGUUCUUCAGGUCUCUGAAUUAUCAGCAAAAAUGCAGUUCAAAACCCUAGCUCGUCCUUCCCAAAUCCACCUCCAAAACCCUAGCCUCAGACGAUUCUCUCCACCUCCAUUCUUCUUCAAUCAAUGCCUGAAAGCUCACUCUCACACCUCUCUCUCUUUGCAAAGUUUACGAAUUUCUUCGGUGAUGAAUCGUGGUAGUCGGUUUGCAAUUGGUUGUAUUGGUUCCAGUGAAGUUGUUGGAGACGGAGUUGAAUUUGUGGCUGGAAAUGAGGAAAAUGUCGGUUCGGUUUCAUUGUUGGAAGAGGAUGAGGUGGAGGUGGAGGUUGUUGGAGUGGGAAAACAAGAGUUCGGGGUGAAUCAGAGUAUAUGGGAACAGAUGAAGGAGAUCAUGAUGUUUACGGGGCCUGCCACGGGUCUGUGGAUAUGUGGACCUUUGAUGAGUCUUAUUGAUACAGCUGUUAUUGGUCAGGGAAGCUCGGUUGAGCUUGCUGCUUUGGGCCCAGGCACAGUUGUAUGUGAUUAUAUGAGUUAUGUUUUCAUGUUCCUUUCUAUUGCUACUUCCAAUAUGGUUGCGACUUCACUUGCUCGACAGGAUAAAAAUGAAGUGCAACAUCAGAUAUCUACCUUGCUCUUUGUUGGGUUUACCUGUGGUGUGCUGAUGCUCCUUUUUACAAAAUUCCUGGGUGCAUGGGCACUAACUGUUUUUACGGGGCCAAAGAAUGCUCAUAUUGUACCUGCGGCAAAUGUAUAUGUUCAGAUUCGGGGCUUAGCAUGGCCAGCAGUUCUUGUUGGAUGGGUUGCUCAAAGUGCAAGUCUUGGCAUGAAAGAUUCAUGGGGACCUUUGAAGGCUUUGGCAGUUGCCAGUGCUAUAAAUGGCAUCGGUGAUAUUGUCCUUUGCAGUUUCUUAGGCUAUGGUAUUGCUGGUGCAGCAUGGGCAACGAUGGUGUCACAAGUCAUUGCUGGUUAUAUGAUGAUUGAAGCUCUGAACAAGAAAGGAUAUAAUGCUUUCGCCUUCUCUGUUCCAUCACUUGAUGAAUUUGUGCAGAUAUUGGGGCUUGCUGCUCCAGUGUUUGUAACAAUGAUGUCAAAGGUGGCUUUCUACUCUUUCCUUAUAUAUUUUGCUACAUCUAUGGGCACACACACUCUUGCUGCUCAUCAGGUCAUGAGUCAAUUGUACAGCAUGUGUACAGUUUGGGGUGAGCCUCUCUCACAAACCGCACAAUCAUUCAUGCCUGAGUUGAUAUAUGGAGUCAAUCGAAAUCUGGCGAAGGCCCGAAUGCUGCUGAAGUCACUUUUGAUUAUGGGAGCUUUAGUUGGAUUGACACUCGGAACAAUUGCGAUAGCUAUUCCAUGGCUAUUCCCUAAUAUUUUUACACAUGAUGGUGAGGUCAUACAUGAGAUGCACAAGGUGUUGAUUCCAUACUUUCUUGCAUUAGUUGUGACACCCUCUACUCACAGUCUGGAGGGAACUUUGCUGGCUGGACGGGAGCUUAGAUUCAUUAGUUUAUCAAUGAGUGGAUGCUUUUCUUUAGGUGGUCUUUUACUAUUGUUUGUGUACAGUAGAGGAUAUGGAUUGUCAGGCUGCUGGUUUGGCCUCGUAGCAUUCCAAUGGGCACGAUUUUUUCUCGCCCUCCAGCGACUUUUUUCUCCAAAUGGCAUACUUUACUCAGAAGAUUUAAACCAGUCUGAUCUUGGGAAGCUCAAAGCUGUAUAGUUACUGGAUCCUCAUCAAUGUACUUGAAACCAAUCGGCGCCCUAAGGUGUUGCUGAAGUACAAAUUUUCAUGCUUCUGGACUACUAGUUAUAUACCCAGAACCAUCACUACCAAGAAAUGGGCACCUGCUUUUUCCAAGCUGCCAAAGACCCUGUUGUCAUUAUUCCGUGAAGCCUCAAACGGGGUAUGAUACUGAUUGUUGUAAUUUUCUGUUGUCCUUAGGCGAUGUCUUUAUACAUUACCAUUCAACAAGAAAGUGUACCCAUACAUGAAUUCAUUGCUAGGAAAAUACUCGGCCAUUUAUUUGAGGGGCUGUUUUCCAAGAUACUCCUAUUCACACAAAAUUGAUUAAUGAUCAACAUACACAGUUGAUUUACA